AUGACUUCACAGCAAUCGGAAUUUCGGAAAGACUGUUUCGUAUUCGCUAAUGGAGAUAUAUACGAGGGCGAGUAUACGUUGACCAAUUCUGGAAUUCGAAGGCAUGGCUUUGGGAGGUAUAUUCGACCAACUCUUCAUGUUUAUGAUAUGGAACAGGAUAAAUUGCUUGAGAGGGAAUACAGUACUGAGACCACCGACGAAGAAUCCGAUAAUGAGAAAGUUGAUGAGAAAGCUGCCAACGCAAGAGAGUCAAUUCAUAAGCUCAUUUAUGAGGGCGGUUGGAUUGACGACCAAAUGACGGGUGAAUGCAAGAUUUGGUUCCCCAGUGGAUGCUAUUAUGAGGGUUCAGUUUACAAAAAUCGGUAA